AAAAACACAAAACGACAGACAAAUACUUGUUCAACAAGUAUUUUGAAAGACAUCAAAUUUGUAUUUAAGCUUCACGUAUGCUGUUUCAUUUUUUCGCCAGCAAAUACUUUAACAAACCUUUUAAAAACUUAUUAGUUUUUCGAAAACAAUCAAACUGUAAACACAACUAACAACAUGAAAACAAUUAUAUUCCUAUCAGUAAGCUUGGCUUUAGCUGUAGCGGAUGUAUCACACAUUGUGGGUCAUCAUGAGAAUACAACACCUAAGUCGGGACCUGCUAAUCCCUAUGUGUUCAGUUAUCAAGCUGGUCGUGCUCCCGGACAUGUAGAUCGUCAACACACUGAAGUAUCCGACGGCUCUGGUGUUAUACGUGGUGCCUUCUCUUAUGUCGAUCCCAAAAAUCAAGUACGCACAGUUCAGUAUGUGGCUGAUGAACAUGGCUUCCACCCACAAUUGAGCCAUGAACUCGAAGACAGUGAGGCCGUUAAGGCAGCCAAACAAAAACAUUUCAAUUUAUACAAUCGCAUUGCGCAAGAACACGCUGCUGGUGUGCACAAUCCAACGGCCAACAGCCCCAACCAAAGUGAAGCCGUUGCCAGAGCCACUCAUAAACAUUUAAGUUUAUACGAUCGCAUUGCUGCCGAACAUGCUGCUAUUGGUGCCCAACAGGAACAUGAUCGUUUGGUUCUGGCUGCCAACUCUGAACAUGGUCAUGAAGAGGAUGGUCAAUAUCAUCCCGAAAGUUAUUAAAGAUAAAUGAUUGAAGAAGUGUAAAAAAUGUUAAAUGGAAUUUAUUGUUGAUAUGUUUGUCUUUGCCAAAAAGUAGUUAAAAUAAAAAAAAAUAUAUGUGUGUAAUGGAGAGUUGUUAAAAUAAUUUUUAAUUAAAUACUAUAAUUUAAAUAAAUAACAAAAAUCAAAUUCAA